UUGCGUAUCCGCCCCCUUGUGUCCUGCUCCGCGCUCCCUCUCUCGCGCACAGUUCACGGAGAAUGAGAUGAGAAUGAAAUGAGAACAGUCAUGGAGGAGCUGAGCGCGGUAGGAGGGCAGGUCUUUGAUGCCGAGUGUAUCCUCAACAAACGCCUGAGGAAGGGCAAAGUGGAGUAUCUGGUGAAGUGGAGAGGAUGGUCGUCCAAACAUAACAGUUGGGAACCUCAGGAAAACCUUCUUGACCCGAGACUAUUGGCUGCGUUUAACAAGAGGGAGCAAGAGCGGGAGCUCUUGAUCCGCAAUAAGGGGAAACGGCCUCGGGGACGACCCAGAAAAAUAUUGGAAACCAUUCCAGUGGUAUCCAAAUCAAGCAGCUCGUCCUCAUCGUCUUCGUCUUCUGGUUCAUCGUCUUCCUCGUCUUCUUCCUCUUCUUCAGAUGAUGACGACAAUGAAGAUGACAACAACGACAGGAAUCCAAAACCAAGCCCUCGUUCACGAGAGCACCACCCGGUCCCUCAGAAGAAAGCCCAGAUUGUGGUUGCCAAGCCAGAACCGCCGAAGAAGAAGCGAGGGAGGAAAGCGCUUCCUCCGGAGCUGAAGAUGCAGCGCCAGACCAAAGGUCCCCGGAAGAUGCUCAAGCCCUUUUCCAGAGACUAUGAGGUCCAAGGGAGCAUAAAGAAACCACUCAUGCCUGCAAGCUUCACUUACACCGGGUUGAACCGAAACUCUGGACGGGAGAUGAUGACACUGCAGAAUAGAGGUUCUUUUACCCAGAAGAACUCUUUAAGUUCCUUGGGACGCUCCGUUGGAUCAGCUUCGUCGCCUCCUACAUUAAGUCGGCUGCCACAAACCAAAACUGCUUCGGAUUUCAAGCUCUCGGUCUCAGAUAUGAGCAGCAGAGGAGUCGACCCCAAAACACCCACGUGCAAAUCUCCAGGAGUGGCUGCGUUGAAUCUGCACAGCAGCAAUGGACAGACCUGUCCACAACUCUCUCCAAAUGUCCCAAAAGCCUCGGAUCUGACUCUACUCCAAAGAUCAGGAUCUCUCCAGAAAUCCCCACCGAGCUCAUUUUCCUCUCUUAAAACUCCUUCCAGCCUUCAAGCUCUCAACCUGCAGAGCAUCAACAAAACGGCACAGGGUAAUGGCAACUCCACAAACGACGGUUCCUACUUGAAGGGUACCUCCAACCCUAGUAGAAAAAGCUCUGGGUUAAACACAAAACACGAGCAGAGCCCUGCACCGAAUGUCCCAAGUAAGUUCCCAACCAGUCAACAAGUCCUUAAGAGUCCGCAACGGGAUAAAUCCAAAGCGGAUGAUUUGUCCGAAAGACUUGGGGAAAAAAAUCAAGGAAGAGUGGAUAACAUACUCCCUCAGACUACCGAGGGCCGAGAUCAACCAGCGCAAGACAGAUCCUCUUCUAAAGAUGCAGGGAAACCAAGCAAGACCCUGAGUGAGUUGAGCACUGGAGAAGAAGGAAGCAGCUCCGAUUCUGACCACGAUUCCUCAUUUCCGAGCAACAACCGUGACUUGGCCAUCUCGGUGCAAGCAGGUCAGGACUGGAGGCCGACACGGAACCUGAUUGAACAUGUGUUUGUCACCGACGUCACUGCAAACCUGGUCACUGUAACGGUGAAGGAGUCGCCCACCAGCGUUGGGUUUUUUAGCAUCCGCAAUUACUGAAUGUUGACAACUGGGACUGCAGGCGCUCUGAGAUAAUCGGGAGAAGUUUCAAAGGAAUCAAAGGAACUGUUUGGUGCUUCUCCAUCUUUGGAUUUUACUUGUUUUAACUCUAAAUCGGACUGUUUUA